AUUUUAUUUUAUUUUUUAUUUUCUUAAAAAUCAAAAAGAGGUUGGUUAGACCAAACAAAGCAUUCAUUCCAAUUCAAUCAAACUCUUCCAAAAUCCAACUCUUCUCCUCUUCUUCUAUAAUCCUUGUUUUUUAUCCUAACAAAAGCAGAAGAAAAACAAAAACAAAAAAAGAGGGAAAAAAAAGGGAAAAAAAUAUUUAUUAUUUAAGCUGAAACAACGACGAAUCAAUCAAGGGCUCUCUGAUAAUCCAUAAUCCCUUUUUAUAGCUUUCGGUUUGGAUCGUCGUCUUGUUUUCUCUCUCUCUCUCCAUGGCUCUCGCAUCGGAUGAAGCUAAAAGCAUUUGCAGUCACUGUGACCGGGCUAUCCCUUCUCGGAAUAUUGAUUUGCAUUUUGCUCAUUGCUCCCGCAAUCUAGAAAGAUGUAAAGUCUGUGGUGAUAUGGUUCCAAAAAAGCAUGCUGAGGAGCACUACUUAAACACUCAUGCCCCAGUUGCCUGUUCACUAUGCAGUGAGACAAUGGAACGUGAAAUAUUAGCCAUCCAUAAAGGUGAAAACUGCCCGCAAAGGAUUGUGACGUGUGACUUCUGUGAGUUCCCAUUGCCUGCAAUUGAUCUUGCCGAGCACCAGGAAGUAUGUGGGAACAGGACAGAACUCUGUUCUCUUUGCAACAGAUAUAUCAGACUCCGAGAAAGAUACAACCAUGAAACUAGAUGCAGUGCUGUCUUAGACAACAUUGUGGGAACUUCCAGGGAUGUGAGGGCAGCUGAAAGAGAGCAAGAAGCUCCGAGAGGACCAAGACGGCAGCCGCUGCCACAAGACGUGUCACGGCGACGCAUCAUAUUUACGAUCGCUAUCACGGGCAUUGCUGUGCUAUUAGGGUCUCUUUUUUUCCAGAGGAAAACGGAGAACAGUCAAGUGCACUAGCAGCAGCCAGCGGAAAUUAAUACAUUACAUUUCGUCAUGUGUAUCUUCUUCCAUUCAUCCGUGUCGUAAAUUAUCUGAGGUUUUACUUCUAUUAACUGAAUUUAAACACGAUUGAGAUUGUCAUAAAUAUACUUGCAGCCUUUCUCAAUAUCAAUUCACUAGCGUCUCACGUUUUGAUCUGUACCAUUUGGUUGCUACAAGCAAUGCAUGUUUUUACU